AUGGCCGAAACAUCUCUUCCUCACGACUCCUACUUUCUCGGAUUCGACAGUUCCACUCAGUCGUUAAAGGCCACAGUGCUGGACUCCAACCUCAACAUCGUAGCCUCAGAGCUUGUUCAUUUUGAUUCCGACUUGCCCCAUUACAAAACCAAAGAUGGGGUUUACAGAGACCCCUCUGGCAGUGGCAGAAUUGUUUCACCCACCUUGAUGUGGGUGGAAGCUCUUGACCUAAUGCUUCAAAAGCUUUCAAAAUCAAAUUUUGAUUUUGCCAAGGUUGCUUCUGUUUCUGGCAGUGGCCAACAGCAUGGUAGUGUGUAUUGGAAGAGUGGUAGUUCUCAGAUACUGUCAUCAUUGGAUCCUAAGAGGGCAUUAUUGGAUCAGCUUGAAAAUGCUUUUUCUAUUAAGGAAUCCCCAAUUUGGAUGGAUUGUAGCACCACUGCUGAGUGUAGGGCUAUAGAGAAGGCUUUUGGGGGGCCCUUGGAGUUGGCUCGUGUUACAGGAUCACGUGCAUAUGAGAGGUUUACUGGCUCCCAGAUCAAGAAAAUAUAUGAUACUCAGCCCGAAGUUUAUGACAGCACUGAAAGAAUCUCGCUUGUUAGCUCAUUUAUGGCGUCUCUUUUUGUAGGCGCUUAUGCUGCCAUUGAUCAUUGUGAUGGUGGAGGCAUGAAUUUGAUGGACAUAAAGGAGAAAACAUGGUCUCAAGUAGCACUUGAGGCAACUGCCCCUGGUUUGGAGUCAAAACUUGGAGUGUUAGCCCCUGCUUAUGCUGUUGCUGGAAAUAUUGCUUCAUAUUUUGUGGAGAGGUAUCACUUUAACAAGGAUUGCUUGGUUGUUCAAUGGUCAGGAGACAAUCCCAAUAGUUUGGCAGGUUUGACCCUAAAUAUUCCAGGGGAUCUCGCCAUCAGCCUCGGCACUAGUGAUACUGUAUUUAUGAUCACUGAAGAUCCUAAUCCAGGAUUAGAGGGACAUGUCUUCCCUAAUCCAGUUGAUGCAGAAGGUUACAUGGUAAUGUUGGUGUAUAAAAAUGGGUCCCUUACCCGAGAAGAUGUACGCAACCGUUGUGCAGAGAAAUCUUGGGAUGUUUUCAAUAAAUAUCUUCAGCAAACACAACCUUUAAAUGGUGGAAAGUUAGGCUUCUACUACAAGGACCAUGAAAUUUUACCUCCUCUUCCAGUUGGUUUCCACCGCUAUGUUAUAGAAAAUUUCUCAGACUCACUGGAUGAACUGAAGGAACGGGAAGUGGAGGAGUUUGAUCCUCCAUCUGAGGUACGGGCACUAAUUGAGGGUCAAUUUCUCUCAAUGCGGGCUCAUGCUGAAAGAUUUGGAAUGCCUUCUCCUCCUAGGAGAAUUAUAGCCACUGGUGGAGCUUCAGCAAAUAAGUGCAUCCUUAGCUCAAUAGCUUCAAUUUUUGGCUGUGAUAUCUAUACAGUUCAAAGACCUGAUUCAGCUUCCCUUGGAGCUGCAUUGAGAGCUGCUCAUGGCUGGCUCUGCAACAAGAAGGGGAGUUUUAUACCCAUAUCAGAUAUGUACAUGGACAAAGUGGAGAAAACUUCUCUUAGCUGCAAACUUUCAGUGAAUGCUGGAGAUCAGGAGCUGGUUUCCAAGUAUGCAUCCAUCAUGAAAAAGAGAAUUGAGAUAGAGAAUCGUCUCGUCCAAAAGCUUGGACGCUGUUGA